AAAACCCUAGAUAUAAAAGCCCUAAAACCCAGAGACCCCUCCCUCUCUUCCAUUGUAAACCUUAGAUCACCGGUCAACCUACUCCUAUCUUCUCUGCAGUUCCAAAACCCCAUCUCUUAACAAAAGAUGAAGGUGAUUGCUGCAUAUUUGCUCGCUGUAUUGGGAGGCAAUGUCAGCCCUUGCGCCGAUGACCUCAAGGGCAUUCUCGGAUCGGUUGGAGCUGAAGCUGAUGAUGAUGGGAUUGGGCUGCUGUUGUCCGAAGUUAAGGGUAAGGAUAUAACAGAGCUUAUUGCAUCUGGAAGAGAGAAAUUGGCAUCAGUGCCUUCUGGUGGUGGUGUUGCUGUUGCAGCUGUUGCAGCUAGUGGUGGUGCAGCACAUGCUGCCACAGAACCAAAGAAGGAGGAAAAGGUGGAAGAGAAAGAGGAAUCAGAUGAGGACAUGGGCUUCAGUCUAUUUGAUUGAUGGAAUGGGAUUUUGAUUUUUUCAUAUGCUAAGAUUUCUCAAAUCUUUAUACUAUUUUAGGAAUUCAGGGUUCUUUUUUCUGGAGACAAUUUGCUCUUUCUUUUUUAACCACAACGACUUGUUAACUAUGUUCAAGCAAUUACCAGUAAUUUAGUAAUGACAGAUUUUAAUUAAUUAAUUAUUUAUUUAUUGUGUA